AUGCUGAUGGAAAGAUUUGAUAAGCUUCUUAAAGAAUUGCCGACAUUAGCGGCUCCUGGUGUGUCAGGAUCCCGUAUUAAAGAAUUGUCUACAAUUGCCAGUACAGACUUUGACAAGGAGAAGGAAAGUAAAAUUAUUGCUGCGCUUUAUUCUAGUUGUAAAUCGGCUGCACCUUCACAUAAAUUAGGUACUUUAUAUGUGGUUGAUUCGGUCACUAGGAAACUCAAGGAUGGUGCUGUUGCAUCAAACGAAACCAUUGAUGCAUCUGCUCCUGAUGGCACAUUCGCAUCUGCAGUUUACAAGAUUGGCCAGUUGAUUGAAAGCUUAAUGGAUGAUGCUAUGGAAUAUCAAUUGGAUCCAGUAACUAUUAGUAAGAUUGGUAAAUUAGUGGAGAUUUGGGACAAGAAUCACACAUUUGAUUCCGACAUUUUGAAAAAGAUUAAGGAAAAACAUUUCAAGUCAACCACUCCUCCUGGUACGCCACCAAAGUCAAGUGUUGAACCGGUAAAGCCCACCUCUGAAUCUAAGGACUCCAAUAGUAUUUUACUGGCCCUAGCUUCCUUGGCCAAGGGCGAUGCUGAGACCUCUACCUCAGAUUCAAACUUUAAUUCUGCACCUCCAGGUUCAUCACGCACAGAUGGAUCAAAUGAAAACGAUGUAACUGCCAACUUGUUGGCAAACUUGGCAAGUGGAUCUGCGGGUGAACAACAGCAACAGCAACAACAUCCACAACUGGGCCAAUCAAAUGAUCAACAAGCUAUAUUCAGCAUGUUGCAACAGCUACAGGGUGCAUCGAACUCACAACCAUCGGCCGGCUCUCGUUCAUCAGGAGGAAUCGAUGAUUACAGUACAGGCAGACGUGGCGGUCGUGAUCAAAACCAUGACUACAAGAGAAGCAGGUCUAGGUCUCCUACAAGACAUAUCAAGUCACCUGCAGCCGCUUCUUCAGUUCUUGCGUUGCAGCAAAAUAUCCAGAAUUUAAAACAGCAACAAGCAGCAGCAGCAGCCAAUGGUCAAGGAUAUCAGGCCAAGUCGCCACAACAACAGUUUCAGCAAAAUUUCAACAGAAAUGCUGGCCAUCAACAGUCUCAUAAAGACCCAGCAUUUGUACCCCCUACAGCCAUGAAUGGUGAGAUGAAUCUCCCUGGAACACCUCAUUUCCGUCCAAGAAAUGUCGGAUUUGAUCCAAGUGUACCCCAAGGAACAAUCAAGGUGUUAUCAAGAACGUUGUUUUUAGGUGGUGUUCCAAGAAAUAUGGAUGAACGUGUCUUGGCCCAAGUUUUGAGACCAUUUGCUGAGAUUCAGUCGGUUAUUUUAAACAGCGAAAGGAAACAUGCAUUUGUUAAGGUGUAUUCAAGAAAAGAGGCAGAGCAGAUUAUUACAUCCUUCAACAAGGACAACUCCUUGCCAUUGAGAACUCGUUGGGGUGUUGGAUUUGGCCCAAGGGAAUGCUGCAACUAUCAACACGGUGUUUCAAUUAUUCCGAUAGAAAGAUUGACCGAAGCUGACAGGAACUGGGUUGUCAAUGCACAAUGGGGAGGUACAGGUGGUCAACCAAUAUCGAGUGGUAUGGUCAUUGACGAGCCCGAUAUUGAAAUAGGUGCUGGUAUAUCUUCUAAAGCCAUGUCAAAGAAGAUGCCUACCAAUUCAGCCAGAAACGGACCAAAAUCAAACAGACCUGGUGAACCCGAUGAAGAAUUUGUAAAGACAACAUUACUUCCAAACCAACAAGUUCAAAUGAGUCAUGGGGCACUGCCGGGGUUCAAUACUUAUCAACAAUCAUCGGUCAAUCCAUUACAAGGAUUAUUUGGCAAUAACUCCUCUCCGCAGCCACUGCAAGCAUUUCCUCAAACUCAACAACAAUUCCCAUCAUACCCACCACAAGGCCAACAACUGCAGCAACCACAUGGAAAUAAUUACCCUUCCAUGCCGCAAGUGCCGCAAAUGCCAAAUAUGCAAGGUACGCCAAAUCCUUCUCAGUUUCCACCCGGUGUUGCUGAGUUGUUCAUGCAAAUGAUGCAACUGCAACAACUGCAACAUCAACCACCACCAUCUUAA